AGCCGACUACCACGGCGAGCCCACGCACGCCGCCCUAGCCCCCCGCCAUGCAGUCGGAGUCGCGAUCGCCGGCGAGCAACCCAAGUCGGUUCAUCAAGGACGACGAGCUCCGCGACCGCAUCUACCGCAACCGCACGACGCUCGCUGCGCUCACUGCGAGCUUCACGUCGACCAUCGCAGGGUUCCCGCUCGACUCUGUCAAGUCGCGGCUGCAGGUCAAGCGCUACUCGUCCGUCCUCGACUGCGCGAGGCGGACCUACGCCGAGGAGGGCAUCCGUGGCUUCUUUCGAGGCGUGACGAUCCCGCUCGUGACGAUCACGCUCGUCCGCACGGCCUCGUUCUCGAUCUACACCUGGACCAAGGGCUUCCUCGAGCAGCGAGAAACGUUCUCCAAGGGCUCGGCAACGUCGUCGGCGUUGACCGGCUUCUUUGGCGGAGCGGCGUCGGGCCUGCUGCUGAGCGUGGGCACGAGCGCGUUCGAGUACACCAAGAUCAAGCUUCAGCUCGAGUACCUCAUCGCCAUGAAGAAGGGUGUGCCGUACGUGCCUCGGGGCACCGUCAAAGGCUUCAUGGACCUGUACGCGCAAGGUGGCUUCCGCGGCCUGUACACGGGCUUCCGCCUGCACGCUCUUCGGGAUACUCUCGGCACUGGCAUGUACUUCGGCAUGUACGACAGCGCUCAACAUCUCAUCAAGAGCAACCCGGACACGUUCGGCAACGUCCCCGUGACGCUUUCGACUUUCGCAUGCGGCUCGAUCGCCGGUGUGUCGAGUUGGGCCGCCAUCUACCCGGUCGACCUCGUCAAGGCAAAGGUGCAGCGCAACGCUCUUGCCGAUGUACCGCCCGAGCGACCAUGGUCCAUCUUCCGGCGCCUGUCCGCCGGCGGCGUCCCCAAGCUGUACCGAGGACUCGGUGUCUCUGCCACGCGCAGCAUUUUUACGCACGGCAUCAUGUGGACCAUCCUCGAGAAGACGCGCACCGCCAUUGCCGAGCGCACAGCUCCUCCUGGCGACGCCAAGACAGAAUAGACGACCUCGCGCCAGAUCCUCUCGCAGCCUCGAGCUCGAGAGAGGCGACAAGGAUACCCCUUUGCAGUACUUGUUGUACAACGUCCUCCCUCCCUUCAUCCGUCUCGCGACGUCUCGCUCUAUAUCCCUCUCGUCCCGCACCCGCAUCGUCUCGCUCGGCCCUCCUCCCUCUCCUGCCCUCGCCGCACUGUAUCGCAAGCCGCACCGUCCUCAGCGC